UGUGCAAUAUAAUUUGUUCGAUUCGACUGUUCGUCUGUUCGUCAUCUCAUAUGCCAAGUAAGUCAUAACGAAAUCGAGUUACCUUACUUUUCUAUGCCCAUAUCGAUCCAUAAGAUCCAUAGAACCAUACCCAUACCGUACCAAACUUUUGAGCUACCUGGUCGAUUCAGGUCCGGGGUUGCACACACCAUAGGCGGGAAGAACCCAAUAGCCUUUAUAUCUGGAGUCCCGUCGUAAGGAGAUUCGUUCGGAUCGUGUUGCAUGAUGCAUUAGUUGGAGACAACAAAUCUGAAAGAGCCACUCCAGUCUUACCAUCUUCUGAAUCCUUCUGGACUUGAUAUUCAGUCAUGGUGUCCAAUAUGAAGGAACGAAACUUGAAAAUCACUCCCAUCUACUCUCUCCCAGCUCCAUCACACAAUUCGACUUCGAAUAUCUUCUCACCGACUGCUCUUUCGAAACCGUCUUUCGAUAUUCGUCCCGAAUCUUCACCGGCUCUUCCAUCGUCAAGUCUAUAUCGCAGGAAUCACAAGGAAAUGGCAUUGUGCGGGGAAUACUUUACAACUCAUGAAGAGUUUCAUGCUCUUCCACCCGCUCUAAAACGAAAGUAUUUCUCAACUCUGGAGCGUCUUCGAUUCGCACAAAGCUCGAGGUCAAAUGCCCUCAAUGAUCUUCCCACACAGAAUACCCGUAGAACUUCUAUUGCCGACCGACGUGGCUUGAAGAUUUCAGAGCUCGAGCCCCGACGCAGACCUUCGAGACGAUUAAAAAAGAAGAGGGAACAUUCAAUAUCCAAUAGUAAUGAUAGAUCUUGGUUUUUAUGCAAUUACGAAACAUUUCCGGAGACAAUCAAAAGAAAACAAUUCUCGAGCGAAGAACAAGCAUUAUUAGCAAGCAGGAUACGUGAAGCAGUUAUAUUGGAUGCGGCGGACGAAAAUCUCAUAAUACGAAGACGAUCUCGUCGCAUGGCGUCAGAUCCACCGGUAUUAUCUCCAAGCGUUAGAGGUUCUGUUUUCAGUGGAAAAACUAGCGGGACUCGAAGGAGAGCCUCGAUGUCUAGUAUGGCCGAUACGUUUCUUGACAGUUUCCAAUGGAUCGACGAUGAGUCUAAGUUAGAUCUUCAUUUGGAUGAUUAUCAUGCUUCAAUAUUUCCUUCUCUAAAAAGCGACCGGAAGCCAUCAUUUCGACGACAAAUGUCGAUUUCAAAGCUUCCUUUCGGGCGAAGCUCGAUAUCUUCAAUCACACCCAAAUCUCCAAAUCCCACAUCACCUGCCUUCAGCACACAUUCCCGUUCGGCUACAUCAAUAACAGGACCAAGGCAUGCCGCAAAACACAAAGUUAAUUCAUCGCUCUCGUCGAUAGACCCUAAUGCCACCUAUUACCAAGACCCGGAAGCACGACUAAAGCUAAGAGUAUACUUAGCGUCACCGCAAAAAUUCGAUGAGAUAAUCGAGUUUGGAUUUCCAUCCAUGGAUGCAGCGAUGGGUGCAUCAGAGAAGGAAAAUAAACCCUCAAGAUUAAUAUCGAAACGUUCGUCGAGAGAUAUGUUGAGGCGGAAGGCAUCGAGUCCAGCAUUUGAACAUUCAUUCUUUAAUGACGAUACUGCUUCACUAUUCGAAGACGACAAAUCGAUGGCUGAUUCUGAAGCACCCAUAACACCCCUGGAAUAUGAAAGCGGAUAUCCACUACAGCGAUCUCCAUUUUAUUAUACUGGCAAGCCUCUUGCGGAUUUUCAAUCUGGGCCCAAUAAACUACCUAGCAAACAACAAGACCCUUAUACACAAGUUAUGGCAGGAAAUCGAGAACCUACGUUAAGAAUGACGCUUACACGGCAGGAUCUGAGAGAUGAGAGCGCAAUAUAUGGAUGGCAAUCGAAGGAGCCGCUUGUAAUGGAGGAUCUAGAGAAUCAUAGGUAUCCACGGGGACCUAUGGGUGGAGCGGAUGGUUGGGGACCACCGGUCGAGAAGGAAAAUGGGGUGGUAAAAAGGUUUUGGAAGAGGGUGAAGAGUCAGCGAAAGACUUCGUGAUAUGGUAUCUAGAACAAAAGAAAAAGGAAUCUUUGCAGAUGGAUUUAUUUAGCGGGCGAGCUUGUAUCUUUAAAGAAGCGUUUGCUUUGUAUUUACCUCUCUUUUGUUGGAGGCUCGCGUGCAUGGCAGGCUGGUUUUGCAUAGCGAUUGAAUGGAUACCAGGGAUUUUAAAUCAAUAAUUGAGAACAAAAGUCUUGAAUUGAAAGAUUGUAUCGUUUGGAAUGAUGCGAAUGUUUGUGUAUGUGCCAUGCAAUUCGCCUUCUUCACCUCACCCAUCAGUUGGAUUGUCGA